UCAAAUUUAAUUUGUUAAGGCAAUUAGGAGAGGGAGAGGGAGAGGGAGAGAAAGCAGUGAAGGCCAAUAAAAAUGGCGGUGUGACGAUGCAGAGAGGGUUUUAGUUGGUUGAGGCAAUAGCACAAACAGUUAAACGACGAAAUUUGAAUAUUUCAGUCAUCAAAGACAGCAAUUGACGAGAGAGUGAUCAAUCGAGCAGAGGUGAAUCAAUGUCGUCGGUGUACGUGUCGGAGCCUCCGACGAAGGGGAAGGUGAUAUUGAACACGACGUAUGGACCGAUGGACAUAGAGCUGUGGCCUAAAGAGGCACCAAAAGCCGUGAGGAACUUCGUGCAGCUAUGUAUGGAGGGCUACUACGACAACACCAUCUUCCAUCGCAUCAUCAAAUCUUUCCUCGUUCAAGGCGGUGACCCCACUGGUACUGGCGAAGGUGGCGAAAGUAUAUAUGGAAGUGUGUUUGCUGAUGAGUUCCACUCACGUCUAAGAUUCAACCACAGAGGCAUUGUUGCAUGUGCAAAUGCUGGCCCACCACAUUCAAAUGGAAGUCAAUUCUUUAUAACCCUGGAUCGUUGUGAUUGGCUUGACCGAAAGCAUACCAUUUUUGGAAAGGUGACUGGGGAUUCAAUAUAUAAUCUUAUUAGGUUAGGUGAGGUUGAAACUGACAAGAAUGACCGGCCAUUGGAUCCUCUGCCAAAGAUAACCUCAGUUGAGGUAUUAUGGAACCCUUUUGAUGAUAUUGUUCCUAGAGCCGCACCUACCAGGUCUUUGCCCUCUUCCACAACUGAUGCUGACAACAAAGCCUCAAAGAAGAAAGCUGUGAAAAAGCUGAACUUGCUUUCAUUUGGGGAAGAAGCUGAGGAAGAGGAGAAGGAACUGGCAGCUGUAAAGACAAAAAUAAAGAGUAGUCAUGAUGUAUUGAAUGAUCCUCGUCUCCUUAAGGAAGAAAAUCCGACUAAAGAAUUGAACUCAUCUGAAGUCAAAGCAACAAGGGAUGAGCAGUUAAGUGUAAGAGAAACUUUAAGCUCGAAGAGAGAAGAGUUGCGAAAAGAAUCAGAAGCUGAAUUUCCUGAGUCCCUUGAUUAUAGUGAUGAUGACGAGGCCAGCUUUGAUGCACGAAUGCGUCUGCAGAUACUUAAAAGGCGGAAGGAGCUUGGGGAUCUCCCAACUAAGGAAAAGCUUCAUAAUGAGAGUUCCAGUGUAAAGGAGCAUGAGAGAUCACCACCAAGGUCUGAUGCUGAAAAUUUUGAUGACCAACCAAAAGUGGAAAAGCUAUACUUGAAGAAAAAAGGAAUUGGCUCAGAAGCCAGGGCUGAACGUAUGGUUAAAGCUGAUGCAGACUUACAGUUGUUGGGGGAAGCUGAACGAGAAAAACAGUUGCAGAAACAGAAGAGGCGCAGACGUCAAGGACAUGAAGAUGAAGUGCUAGCAAAGCUUGAGAAGUUUAAGAAGGCCAUUGCUGUCGAACCUGUUGAAUCUAAUAGCAAAGUUAAAGGUGGUAACAAUGAGGACCUGUCUGAUUGGACAGGAGUUAAGUUAAAGUUUACACCUCAGCCUGGCAAGGAUAAUAUGUCGCGCAAUGAAGACCCGAAUGAUUAUGUGGUGCAUGACCCUCUUUUGGAGAAGGGAAAAGAGAAGUUCAACAGAAUGCAGGCAAAGCAGAAGCGACGAGAGCGAGAAUGGGCUGGCAAAUCCCUUACUUGACCUUCUCCCUGCCAUCCUAAGGGUUUAGGUUUGUGAAUAUUUAAAAUACCCAACGGAACUGAUGAGUUCAGCCGCAUUGCAUCUUUCUGUUUCUCUUCACAAUGCAAUUUGACUAGUGAAAUAACAUGAUAUUAUUCACGUGGUGAUCCAUUAUUAUUAGAUUUACUUAACACUAAAUAUUGCGUCAAAAUCUCAUCAUCUUUUUUUGGGGGUUGUUUUCACCCAUUCAACUGAUUGUAAUUUUUGUUUUAUUUCCUGCUUAAAAUUGAAUAGACUUCAAAUUUCUGUAAUCUGAAGUUUAGAUGGCCAGACCGACCUUUUGGGUACUGUUAUACAUGUUAGUGAGGUAGCUGUGUAAUCCUAUUUCUUCAGUCCAAAAAAUUGAAGCCUCCUUUUGGUAAUCAAA